AUGUUCAAAGGUCUAGAGACGUGGACGACCCGUCGGUACCUCUUCUUCAUAACCUGGUUCAUCCUCCACGUCGUCCUCUUCAUCUUUGGCGUCCUCCGUGUCAAGAACGACAAGAACCUCAUCAACCUCAACGGACCCCUCAACUACUCCCUCUGGAUCGCCCGUGGAGGCGGUAUCUGUCUCAUUUGGGAUUGCUCCAUCAUCCUCCUCCCCGUCUGUCGAAACAUCCUCCGUAUUCUCCGAGUCUCCUUCCUCAACAAGUUGAUCCCUAUCGAUGAGAAUAUCUGGUUCCACAAGAUUACAGCUUAUUCAAUCCUUGUCUGUACGGCCAUUCAUGCGGUCGGCCAUUACGUUAACAUCUUCAAGAUGAACAAGUUGUAUAUGGCUGGCGUCCCCGGGUUCACGAUGAGUGGUGGGGAGUUGUUGUACAAGAGUCCGGCCGGUGUUACUGGACAUAUUAUGCUGUUGUGUAUGGUCCUGAUGUACACGACCGCCAAGCAGACUCAGAGGAACAAGUCGUUCGAGGCGUUCUGGUAUACUCACCAUCUGGCGUUCGUCAUGCUCGGAUCCUUGAUGUUCCAUGGAAUCGGAUGUAUUGUCAAGGACCAGGACGGCGUCUGCAGAGGAUACAAGUCCUACCAGUACUUGCUCAUCGGAUACAUCCUCUACAUCAUCGAGCGCGGUAUCCGAGCCUACCGUGCCCGCUUGGAGACCCGACUCGUCAAGGCCAUUCAGCACCCUGCGGGAGUCAUCGAGUUGCAGAUCCAGAAGCCCUCGUUCAAGUACAAGCCUGGCCAGUAUAUGUUUAUCAACAUCCCGGAUCUGUCAGAGUACCAGUGGCAUCCUUUUACGAUCACGUCGUCGCCCUUUGAGGAUUAUGUCUCGGUUCAUAUUCGACAGGCAGGAGACUGGACUCGGGAGCUUGGAACCAGGAUGGGAAUCGAGAAGGAGGGUCGUGGAGGGGACAGUGGUCGUGGAGGCCAGGGUGCCGGAGGACCCAAGAAAGCCGAGAAGACUACAGAGUUGAUCGACGACCGCGGAAAGGAGAUCCACGUCCGCGCAGGAUUCAGUAUGCCCCAGGUCAAGAUCGACGGGCCCUUCGGCGCCCCCACAGAAGACGUCUUUGACCACGAGAUCGUCGUCCUCGUCGGGUCCGGAAUCGGUGUUACUCCCUUUGCCAGUAUCCUCCGUGACAUUUGGUACCGCUCUAACAACAACAUGUCACUCAAGACCAAACGGAUCGAAUUCUACUGGGUCUGCCGUGACCUCGCCUCGCUCAAAUGGUUCCAGUCCCUUCUCGCCACCAUCGAAGGAUCAAUGCCUCACGUCCAGCUCAAGAUCCACAUCUACUGCACCGCCGUCAUGAAACCCGACCAACACCACAACAUUGCCCUCCACAUGAACGAGGAUGUCUUUGGAGGGGACACCAUUACGGGAUUGAGGGCGCUCACCAACUUUGGACGUCCAAACUUUGGAGCCAUCUUCUCGGAGCUGAGACAGGGGAUUACAAAUGGGACGUAUAUGCCGGGCGCGACACAGGAGUUGAUGGUCGAUGUGGCCGUCUUCUUUUGUGGGCCUGGAGCUAUGGCCAAGUCUUUGAGGAAGGAGUCGAGGUUGCAGAGCAAGAACGGUGUCAAGUUCUCCUUCCGCAAGGAACACUUCUAG